AUGGAAUCCAACAACAACAACACCCACGGCCAUAAAACAUCAUUGGCAUCAUCCUCACAGCAUGGACUGCUGCUCAUCGUCAUCCCAAACUUUGAAGCCCCCCUCGGCGACACCUGCAGUUCCAUCAAUCAAGCCCUCGGACUUGUCGACCGCCUAACUAUCGUCGUCUCUGUCCAAAACCCAGCCCUCACUCCCACUCCCAACAACAGCAACAACAGCAACACCACUACCAACGGCAGUGCGACAGCAGGAGCGUCGUUCCACAGUGUCCAGAAGGUUCUCUCAGCACUGUAUGUUAGUUUCACGAAGCAGGCCAUGGCGUUGGGGCGUCCGCUUGCAGAAUUGGAUAUUGUGAUCCGGGAGAGUUGUGGGUAUGAUGUUGGUGCGGGGGGUGUUGGAGAUGAGAUCCCAUUUAAUGUCUUCUUGGGCUUGCCUCCAGCGAUCAAGGAACUGGAAAAGCUGAACGAGAGACGCCUCCAGAAUGGGGCAAAGGGACUCACGAUCCGGACAUUGGAUGAGGCAAAAGCCCACGCGACAGGCGAGACUCAUACCUCACUUGUAGACGCAAUCGAUUCGGUCUUGCCAUAUGCCAAAGUCCAAGAGGGGCAAUAUGGCGAUGUAGCCUUGGGAGGCACGUUCGAUCACCUCCAUGCGGGCCAUAAGAUCCUGUUGUCCAUGACGGCUUGGAUUUCUAGCCAUCGUGUCGUCUGUGGCGUUACUGACGACUCGAUGUUGAAGACGAAAAAGUUCAAAGAGUUCAUGGAGCCAUUGGACAAGAGAAUCGACGAUGUAGAACGGUUUCUUAGAAUCUUUAAGCGCGGUCUCGUCUACGAGGUGGUCCCGAUCAGCGAUAUGUACGGACCAACAAUCACGGAUGACAAACUGGAGGCUCUCAUGGUCUCCAAAGAGACCCUCAAAGGAGGUGGAAUGGUGAACGAAGAGCGUGGGAAGAGGAAUUUGCCACCAUUGACGAUCGAGGUCAUCAAUGUCAUUUCACCAACAGAGACUCAAGUGGACGAAGUCAGCCUCAAGAUCAGUUCUACAUUUAUCCGCCAAUACCUCUCAGAUCAAGCCAGCAACAGCCACAGCAACAAAUCCGUAGAACACCCAAAAACAACAACUGCAUCAUCAAAAGCGGCGCACUGA